UCGUGCGGUGGGGCUAGCUCGCGCGGCGGCAGCCGGAGUCAAGGCCUCUUCGUUCUGCGGCACGUGACGGUCGUGCUUCUUCAGCUGCUGUGCUGCCUCAGCCGCCGUAUUCUCUGUGGCGCGGGGCCGGUUGUGCGGGUGGGAGCAGGCGCGGGCGCCACCGGCCGUCCCGCCGAGGCUCGAGAUCAUGGAAGGAAAGUGGUUGCUGUGUAUGUUACUGGUCCUUGGAACUGCCCUUGUUCAAGCUCACGAUGGACAUGACGAUGAUGUGAUUGACAUCGAGGAUGACCUGGAUGACGUCAUUGAAGAGGUAGAAGACUCAAAACCGAAGCCAGAUGCCAGCAGUCCACCAUCGCCAAAGGUCACCUACAAAGCUCCAGUUCCAACCGGGGAAGUGUAUUUUGCUGAUUCCUUUGACAGAGGAACUCUGUCAGGGUGGAUUUUAUCCAAAGCCAAGAAAGAUGACACUGAUGACGAAAUUGCCAAAUAUGAUGGAAAAUGGGAGGUAGAUGAAAUGAAGGAAACAAAACUUCCAGGCGAUAAAGGACUUGUGUUGAUGUCUCGGGCCAAACACCAUGCUAUCUCUACUAAACUGAACAAGCCCUUCAUCUUUGAUACCAAGCCUCUCAUUGUUCAGUAUGAGGUUAAUUUCCAAAAUGGGAUAGAAUGUGGCGGUGCCUAUGUGAAACUACUUUCCAAAACCCCAGAGCUCAAUCUGGAUCAGUUCCAUGACAAGACCCCGUAUACGAUUAUGUUUGGUCCAGAUAAAUGUGGAGAGGACUAUAAAUUGCACUUCAUCUUCCGCCACAAAAACCCCAAAACGGGUGUAUAUGAAGAAAAGCAUGCUAAGAGGCCAGAUGCAGAUCUGAAGACCUAUUUUACUGAUAAGAAAACACAUCUUUAUACAUUAAUCUUGAAUCCAGAUAAUAGUUUUGAAAUAUUAGUGGACCAAUCUGUUGUGAACAGUGGGAAUCUGUUAAAUGACAUGACUCCUCCUGUAAAUCCUUCACGUGAAAUUGAGGACCCAGAAGACCGGAAGCCUGAAGAUUGGGAUGAAAGACCAAAAAUACCAGAUCCUGAUGCUGUCAAACCAGAUGACUGGGAUGAAGAUGCUCCUGCUAAGAUUCCAGAUGAAGAAGCUACAAAGCCUGAAGGCUGGUUAGAUGAUGAGCCUGAAUAUGUACCUGACCCAGAUGCAGAGAAGCCAGAGGACUGGGAUGAAGAUAUGGACGGAGAAUGGGAGGCUCCUCAGAUUGCCAACCCUAAGUGUGAGUCGGCCCCUGGGUGCGGUGUCUGGCAGCGACCCAUGAUUGACAAUCCUAAUUAUAAGGGCAGAUGGAAGCCCCCCAUGAUUGACAACCCUAACUACCAGGGAAUCUGGAAACCACGGAAAAUACCAAAUCCAGAUUUCUUUGAAGAUCUAGAGCCUUUCAAAAUGACUCCUUUUAGUGCUAUUGGUUUGGAACUGUGGUCUAUGACUUCGGACAUUUUUUUUGACAACUUUAUCAUUUGUGGUGAUCGAAGAGUGGUUGACGAUUGGGCCAAUGAUGGAUGGGGUCUGAAGAAAGCUGCAGAUGGGGCUUCUGAGCCAGGUGUAGUGGGGCAGAUGAUUGAGGCAGCUGAGGAGCGCCCAUGGCUCUGGGUGGUCUACAUUUUGACUGUAGCCCUGCCUGUGUUUCUUGUCAUCCUCUUCUGCUGUUCUGGAAAGAAACAGGCCAGUCCUGUGGAAUACAAAAAGACUGAUGCUCCUCAGCCAGAUGUGAAGGAGGAUGAAGAGGAAAAGGAAGAGGAGAAGGAAAAGGGAGAUGAGGAAGAGGAAGGUGAAGAGAAACUUGAAGAGAAGCAAAAAAGUGAUGUUGAAGAAGAUGGUGACACUGUCAGUCAAGAGGAGGAAGACAGGAAACCUAAAGCAGAGGAGGAUGAAAUUUUGAACAGAUCACCAAGAAACAGAAAGCCAAGAAGAGAGUGAAACAAUCUUAAGAACUUGAUCUGUGAUUUUUCUCUCCCUCCCCUUUCCCUGCAAGUGUGGGUCCUAGGAGAGGACCUGGCACACCUUAGGUUGAAACUCAAAAAACCUUCAGAUGUAUCACCAUCAACAGGUUCCAGUUGAACACUCGCCCAUGUAAUUUUAAACAUCUAGCAGUAAAUAAUUGGAGUUGUGACAUAAAGGACCCUGUUUCUGUAGAGAGAAAAGCUUAACAUAAUUGUUGUGAAAUGUAACAUGAAGCAACUAACUUGUAAUUUCUUUUGUUUUUAAACAUCUUUGUUUUUUAAAAUAGAGUGAUAGAACUUUUCCAGUCUUUAAAAAUCUUGGCUUAAUUUAAUAUAUUAAUCUGUCCGUGCAGAAAUAAAACCAACCUUUAAAAAUGAUAGGGGGAUGAAUUUGAAGUUGGUGAAUUGUAACUGAUUUUUAAGUUUGGUAUUACAAAACAUUUAAGUGUCUUUGUCCCCUAAUUGAUAAUCAUGUCUAAAAUGCAGUCAUUUGUGGUUAUAAUCUUGUUUUGCUUGCUUCCAUUAUUCAAUUUCUCCUAAGGAAAUUGAGAGUGAUUGGAUGGAAGCCCAAAUUUAAAUAAAGAUUCUGUUGAAGUUAUAUUAAAAAUAGACAUACAAAAAGAAAAAACAUUUCACUUGUUGGUUAGACCACAAAGUAUGUGUGUUCUCUUGCCCUUGGAACAGCUCAGUUCCCACACAGCUUUGCAGUUAGGGGGAGAGGUGGCAUAGACGGCACUCAGGCGCUCAUCCUUCACACGCCAGGGGUGUCUGGGCUCCAGCCUUCUCCAGCAGGUGGCUUCUCAAGGAGCUACCCCAUGUGUGAGCUCCAGAGUAGAUGCACGUGUUUUCAUCACAUCUUCCACUGUGUUGACACUGUCUUAUCUUCUCAAGUUCCCCAAAUUCCCAAGAGCUUUCUCCUCUGCUAUGCAUUUUGUCUUCACAGCGCAGCUUGCAGUCCAUUGCUAAAAAUGAUUAUAAGCUCUGCAUAGUGUUAAGCUUUAUUGUGAUUAUGUGUAUGUUUCUUCUUCCUUUGUUAAGCAGACCCACACCUUUCCAGGGUCAAAGUACAGGAUAGAAUACUAUCCUUCAUCUUUACCAUUUCUUUUACUCCGUUUAAAGACUUCAGAAGUCUAAUCCAGAGUUGAGCCAAUUCAGAAUUGACUGUAAUUGAACACAGGCUAAAAGUAUUUAUGGGGGAGUGACUUUUAGCAUGAGUUUUCUGAUUUUUGUAGCUGCUAAACCUUUUAAAUCUUUAUUUGCAGUUCAUGUAACAGUUGUGUCUUAAAUUACAUGAUAAAGCAGUCCAGUUAAAUUUUUUUUUUUUUUUAAGUUAUGUGGCUUGUAGAAUUUUUAAUAAAUGAGCUUAGGUCUGUUUUUUCAUGUGGAAUGCAGAUGGGUGCUAUCAGAGCCUCUCCCCCGUCACUAGUGUAAUAAUAUCAUUAUUACACCACACUGAAAUGUAUUCAGAACUAGAUUUUUUCUUUUUUAGCUUUAUUGUUUCUUCAGAGGUGUUGCAAAUGUACCGACGAUACUGUUUCUUGCACUGAAUAUAUAAACACUCCAGAGUGUUUAUAUUGGGGAGAUAUUGGGGAGGAAGUAUAUUCGUAAAAGAUGAAGGCUGUAUCUGUUUAUCUUCAAUUUUUUACUUGUUCACUUAAAUUCUUAAGAGGGUGGGAUGCAUUUUCUUGCUGUUGAGUGCUUUAUCCUUUUUCAUCUGUUGUUCUGUGGUCACAGUGACCUUAGCUAUGUAGCAGACUUUCCCAAAUGUAUUGAGUGCAAAUAAACAGUUACUUAGCAAGACCUGAAAAUAAUGUCUGCAGGUUUCUCCUUGAAGUAAGUGUGUGGGAUCAUUGCAUUUCUAGAAGUCUGCCUUCUUCACCCUAAAUUGACAUUGCAUGUCAUGCUUCCUUUACAGUUUCUUCCAGCUGAGGUGUGGGAUAACCAGUAUAAAUCAGUAGACUGUUCAUUUGCAGGGUAAUUUAAUUUGUCAUAUCCAGGGUAAUUUAGCAACGUUUGUCUCCCCUCACCCCCCCCCCCCCCCCAAGUCCUUGGUUGGGGGGAACCACCAAAAAACAAAGAUAAAUAAAAAGUAUUUUCUUGGUUCUGUAUUCCACUUUGUUGAAGAUGCAGCCUCCUAAUUAGAAGUUUGACAUUAAUGAAUGAACAGCAGCAGUAUUCAUCUCUUUAAAAGGCACUUAUGUUAUUUUACAUGCUGGUUAUCUGCCCCAUUGAUAUAAAAUGUCUACUGCAUCAGAUGUGUUCCUCAAUUUCUCUUAUCCGUAACACACUCCACUUUUCUCAGAUUGUUGGCAUUACUAAAUGGUGUUACAUUAAAGCCCUGUGUUAAGCAUCA